GGGAGGAGCUCUCCCAGGGGGAAGCAGAAGAGAGAGACAGAGAGAUACGGACAAACAGACAGACAGGGACAGAGAGAGAGAUUGACAAACAAGAAAUCAGAUAGAUUAGUUACUGAAGUAACAAAGUUCUCUAGUACCAAUGGCCACAGCUCCGUUAACUGCUCCACCACUCCAGCCCCUGACCUUGGAGGAUGAGGAGCAGCAGUUCUUGGACCAGUAUGACACAUACAACUUUACAGAUUCUUACCUGGGAAGAGGCAGUGGAAAGGGUCGUAGUAAGAGAGAAGCUGCUAAUCAUACCAACCGACACAGUCCCGGUGGCCAUGAACGGAAACUGCUGAUCAAGCUUCAGAACACAGAGCAAAAGAAACGUGGGACUAGGCCCUGAGCCGAGAAUGAGGUGAGGGAGCCCAGAAUCCCCAAACAUAUCUCUCCUAACCUAAUAUAUUGGCUGACACUUGUAAAAGAGUGGGAUCCAACCUGAAGCCCAAGAGCCAGAUGGGAUGUGUAACCUCUAUAAUCUAGGAAAGAACAAGAGUUUUAGGAAGGAGAUCCCCUAAAGUUGGGAGGCUUAGAUUCACUGGAUCUCUUUUUCUAUCAGGCUGGGCCAGAGUAUUGAUACCAGGAUCACGGCGAUGGACAUAGGGCAUCGGCAAGGAAGACUGGGCAAGAGAGAUAAGAUCUUAAUCUUGUCUGAUAUCUUUCUCUCGAGAGAUGUACCCUCCCCAGCCUGACUGGAGUUUGGAGGGGCCCAGCAAGUGACUUUCUCUAGCACUUGCAGUAAAGUUGAGAAGCAGAUGAUAGGAAUAGAUGUGCAGAGAAGAGCAAGGGGCAAGAGGGAAUCUACCUGAAGAAACUGAAUCUAUCAAAGAAUAAUUGGUACAAUAAAGAAUUAAUCAGAGAA